AUGUCACAUUAUGGUACCAUUAUUGUCACAUGCCCCCCACCUCCUACCCCCAGUGCCCCGGUCCCUCUCAGAGCUGAUAUCUUGCCUCAGCAGGGUCAGCCCGUUAGGACGCUGGAUUCCCAAAGCCGGGGAGCGGCAUGUGGAACCCAGGGUGCGCUUGCUGCCCAGGGGGAGCCCACGUGGAGUGCAAGGCCUGGUGUGUUCCUCUCUGCGGAAAGAAUGCCCCCUCUGUGGGCCCCGGGCCAGGAGCCUCAGACCUGCCAUGCUGCUCUCUGCUCAACUCUGUGGCUGGGACUUUGUGUCUACAGACGGAUCAAGGCAGGCUCGCAGGCAAAUAGCAAGUGA